CAGUUUCGUGGCUGUGAGAAAACAUUCCGCAGGUAAGUUAGAAAUAUUUACUUUGACGCGGUCAAAGUUUUUUUGUAAAGUUUUUUUUUUUUUUUUUGAACAAAGUUUUGUUUACGGUUUUUGUUUGCUCUGCUUCAUCUUUACAGGCCAAGUUUUUCGCAAAAUAAGCAAUAUAAAUAUUUUCCCACUUUAUCGGAGGAUAGGCAAGACAACACAUUUUCUAUGAAAUUUGUGAAUUUUCACAAUACAGAACUCUGCAAAUUGAAUUUGAUUUCCAAAUGCGAGGAAACAAGUUUAAAUUUUCCGUCUGAAAUAGAACGUCGCAGACACAACAAAUGAACUGCGUUUCGCAUGUAUUUUCCCACUGAGAGUCCUUAUUUCCCAAAUUAUAACUAACUGAUUGACUUGAAAUUUCAGGUUCUUAUGGAAAAAAAAUGCUUAGCUUUUUGCUAUGUUGUGAUGAUAUUGCUUCACACCGUAUUUUGGGAAAAGUUAACAUCACAGAAAUCAGGCCCUAGGUAAUAUGCAAGGUUUCUUGGUAGUUACGGUAUUAUAUGUCUUUCCUUUGCACUUAUCCUUUUUUUUUGGGGGGGGGGGGCUUACCAAGUCGAAUUAAAAAUCCUUCAUGUUAGCAGAACUGAAAAAAUGUCAAACUCACACGACCAGUUUUAAUUCUACAUGCCAAACUGAGAAAACCCCCGGCAUAAUCCAUCCCGUAAACCGUGUCCUCCACACGUUUCGGGAGUACCAAGAUGGCAGCCAAUGGCUUCAAACAUUCGACAUAUACCGCUCGAUGUGUACGAGCUUGCCAGUCUUUUUUAGAUCAGUGGUUACAACGAACACACACACAAAAAAAUGCCAUUCCCGCAAAUUCACACAUUCUCCCGUGAGAGUGGUUUGAAACGGUCCCAUUUGUCCAACUCCCAGCUCACGAACAGUUCUCGAGAGUACCUGCGCCUCUUCUCUCCUUUUGGACACUAGCUUUUAUUUUGAAGUAGGCACAAGUAAUUGCGUUGAAAUGACGUCACGAGUACGGAAGUGCAUCCUCACGCGGGAAAUUGUACAUUCGGGUGUUUAUAAAUGACAGCAUCACGUCGUCGGGUGUUAUGGACAAACCAGAAGAUGGAGCCGGUGAGCGGAAGCGCGCCCCGCCAGUGAAGGUCCUAUCCUGCCAGCUGAAGACUGCGACGGAGGUACGGGCAAGUACCGGAGAGUCCGUGGGCGGCUGGCUCGUCAGACUACUGGGCACGGAUGGUUCCCUGCCGGUGUCGCUGGUGUGGAUGCAGGGCACCGUCCUGGAGGUGCAGCUGGAGCUCGGCACCGCGCUGCUCAUGGACGAGACUGGCACGUUCACGGUCCAGGGCGUCAACAGCGUGCCUAAAGGGAAACCGUGUCUAUCCUCGGGUAAAUAUGUGAUGGUGAUGGGCGCGCUCCAGGCAGUCUCCCCGGAGCCGCUGGUCCGGGCCGUCAAGCUGGCCGACCUCUCCGAGGACGCCACGCUGCACAGACAGAUGUGGAAGCUGGAGGUGGACGAUCUCCAGCGGGUGCUGGCCCGCCGCACCUCUGUCGACCUCUGACAGCUGGAAACAAAACGGACCUCACGAGACACCUCGAUUAUCGUAUGAAUAAAUUCAUUUGCACAUUAAUUUAUGCAGAUAAUGUUUUAAUUAAGAAACACAAAAAAGCAUAAGGAUGUAACUAGGAAAA